CCCAUUUCUGAAUUAUUCUAAAACUAAACAAAGUUAAAUCACCCUUUAGUCCUUUACUGUAAACCCUAGAUACAGUUGUAAAUCUCGCCGUGGAAGCUCCAAGAGAGAGAGAGAAGAAGAGGGAUUCUCCGGCCGUCGCCAACUCCGUCAACAGUACCGAAUAGCAUAAAUUUGGGAGGUGAAAAAUCAUGGCGAAGCAUCAUCCUGACUUGAUAAUGUGCAGGAAGCAGCCUGGGAUUGCAAUUGGAAGACUUUGCGAGAAAUGUGAUGGAAAAUGUGUAAUUUGUGACUCCUAUGUUAGGCCUUGCACCCUUGUAAGGGUAUGUGAUGAAUGCAACUACGGAUCUUUUCAGGGGCGUUGUGUCAUAUGUGGAGGAGUUGGGAUUUCAGAUGCCUAUUACUGCAAGGAAUGCACCCAACAGGAGAAAGAUAGAGAUGGCUGUCCAAAGAUUGUUAACUUGGGAAGCGCUAAAACUGAUCUGUUUUACGAACGCAAGAAGUAUGGUUUCAAGAAGCGAUGAUUUUAUUAAUUUCACAAUGUUCUUUUUUAUUACUGCCCGGGAUUGAUUCGUUGAAUUGUUGUUAUAUUUGCAACACUUGUAGUCAUUUUGAAUGUUGAGUUGUGAAAAAAUUAUUCCU